AUGAAAGUUCAAUGAUUCAAUCCCUGAACUGAAAAUAACCUUGUUUGCCUUUGGAAUAACAUUACAAGUUGUCGCCGGUAAUAUUAUUUACAAGUGAAAUUAUUAAAACUUUCAACUGUAAAAAUGGCUCGCAACAUAUUAAAACUUGGUGCUCUCGAAGCUCAGAAGACUGCGUUUCUACUUUGCGAUGUCCAAGAAACAUUCAGACCGCAUAUAAAACAUUUUACAGAGGUUGUUAAAGUUGCUAAUAAAAUGUUAGAAGCUGCAAAACACUUCAACAUACCAGUGUAUGUGUCGGAACAGUAUCCCAAAGGCUUGGGACACACUACAAAUGACGUCAAACUUGACGGAGCUGCACUGGUGUAUGAGAAGACAAGGUUCUCGAUGUUCACUCCUGAGCUGAAAGAGAGAUUGAAGAAGGAUGUACCCAAUUUGGGUUCAGUUGUGCUUUUUGGUAUUGAGGCCCAUGUUUGCAUAGAACAAACUGUGAUAGACUUGCUGAAUGAGGACAUAGCUGUACAUGUCUUGGCUGACGGAGUAUCCUCAAGGUCCCUGAUGGACAGGGGACUGGCUUUGCAGCGAUUCCAAAACAUCGGCUGCUUCGUGGGUACGUCGGAGAAUGUGCUGUUCAAACUGUUGCGAGACAAAACUAACCCAGCGUUCAAGGCUAUAUCUAAACUGAACCAAAGUCCCACUUCAGACAUAUUCAUCACACAAAAUUAAUAUUUUCUAUUAAGUUUUAUAAAAAAUAACAGACACGCGCUCUCGGUUCACCCGAUUGGUUACUGAUCCUGUGGUAAUAAGGGUAAAGGUAAUAAAUAAAAUGUAGCCUAUGUCCAUCAAGGAUAAUGUAGGAUUUAAUUGGUAAAGGAUUUUUGAAAAUUUUCCAAUAGUUUUAGAGCCUCAUCAUAUCAGCCGAUGGAUUGUAAAUCCCCAUUGAGGAUUGUCUUUCUUCCAAAUUCUGUGUAAUUUAUUUUAUAUGAUAUUAGUUAUUUUAAAAUGAUAUUCUUAGCCCUGUGCCUUUAAAUAAUUUAAAAUAAUCAAACUGUAUCGUUAGACAUAUCAAAAGAAAGAGCUAGUUAUAGAAUCACAAAUUUAUUUUAUUUGUAGUUAUGAAAUAAAUAGUUUUCAAGUUAAAAAGAUGAAAAUUGUCCAUUCCUAUUAACAAAAGGUAGUUAGAUAGAUGCCGCCAUAUAAAAAUUAAAUUUAUUCCUUUAUUUUUAUACAAAUAAUGAACUAAAAUGCUCUAUGUAAAUAGUUUAUUUAACUUAAGAAAUUAUAAUAUAUUUGUUAUUUAAUAAUU